CAAGGCCACGAGGCAAAGGAGAUAAAAACUGAAGAAACAGGCCAAAAAAACAAUAUUAACUGUUAUAGGCUUGAGAAAGCACAGAGGCCACUCCCAUGGCUACCAUCAAGCCAUUACUUCCACUUUCUCCUUCCCCUUCCUUGAAGCAUGCCAUUCCCUCUCCCUCUCCAUGGAUUUUCUGCAAACCCACCUUUGAUUCCACGGUUUCUCUUUCCAUGUCACACUUGAAUCGCCUUCCACGACUAGUCGCUGUCUCUGUGGCCUUCAACCCUUCUGGGAAUUUUGACCUCUCUAUAUAUGACGAUGAAGAUGAUUCAACUAAAGUUUCCCCGCCAAUGCCUCCCACAGAAGGUCGGAUUGAAGUUGUUAUUGAUAAUGAUGUUAUUCGCCGUCUUGACUUGUCCCCAUUCCACACUGCAACUGGAAUUACUUCACCUUCAUCUGCUGAACCAAAGGAGUUUCUUGAACGUACAAUUGGGUUUACCAUUAACUAUACAAGAGAAGAUCCACAUGAUCCUCGAGAACUAUCGGAGUUCCCUGACAUUCGACUCUGGUUUGUGAGGCUUGAUGCUACUUAUCCAUGGCUACCUGUAGUGUUGGAUUGGCGAGCUGGAGAGCUUGCUCGUUAUACAGCCAUGUUGGUUCCUCACCAGAUGAAUAUGAGGAUGGGGGUUGUCUUUAAUCCAGAGGCACUGGAGCUGUUCAUAAUGAAGAAGGUUUUUGUUGUUUACUCUUGGUUGAAGCAACAUAAAAUUCCAAAGCCUAGAUUGAAGACAAGUGACAUGGCCCGGAUGCUUGGUUUUGGGAUUGGAGAUGAAUUGUUCGACUUGAUUGAUCAACACCCACUUGCUCCAUCAUAACCAAGACCUCCAAGAUUUUCAAAUGAAGUCCAUAAUUCAUCACAAAAUGUCACUUCUGUGCCCAAUGGCUGUAAAUCAAUAUUAAGGAGAUGCUGCAAGGAAGCAUCGGAAGUUCAGCAGAGCAUAUAGAUUCCAGUUUGAAAGGUAGAUGUGUUUACUCCAUAUUUUUGUAAUCAAGUUCUGUCCUUACAAACAAAUGCUAGAAUGCUCAUAUCAAAUCUGUUUCAAUCA